AACAAAAACAACUCGCGAAAACAAAAACAUCACCAACCUCUAAACACCGCCUCAAAAACAUGCCAAAAUUCUUCUGCGAUUACUGCGAUGUCUACCUAACCCACGACUCUAUCUCCGUCCGGAAAGCGCACAACAGCGGUCGCAACCAUCUACGCAAUGUCGUGGACUACUACCAGCAGAUCGGGCACGAAAAGGCGCAAUCUGUGAUCGACAGCAUAACCUCCAGCUACGCGGCGGAAGGGCAGCCCAUGCCAUCAGUGCACUCGACCACCCCCGGAGCCGGGGGCGCCGGGAGCGUUGGCGCCGGUGGGUUCCCACUGUUGCCACCUUCGGCAGCGGCAGCGGCGGCAGCGGCAGGUUUGCAAAUGCCGUUGUCACUGCCGCCUCCACCGUUCGGGUUCCCGGCUAGGCCCGGUAUGAUGGUUCCACCGCCGCCACCGCCGUUUGGGUUCCCGCCGCCGCCAUUGGGGAGGGGGGGUGCUGCCGCUGGGUUUUCGGGGUUUCCGGGGAUGGAUGCUGCGGGUGGAGGGGCGGGAGGGGGGGUUCAGCCGCAGUUGUUGCCUGGGAUGGUGGUCCCGCCGGGUUUUGUGCCGCCCCCGGGUGGAAUGAUGGUUCCGCCACCAGGUGCUGGGUUUACUAUGCCCCCACCACUAGGGGGUUUUCCGGCUGGGGCACCGCUGCCGGGUGCACCGCCGGGGUAUGGGCCACCUGGAGCGAAGUAGUUGGAUGGAUGGAUGGAUGGGAGGAGGGAAGGGGAGAGGAGGGUGUUUCUUUGAAAAGUUGACUGCACUGUACUCUAUGAUAAGCCAUAAAUGAAGGUCUCGACUAA